CUUAGAAAAAGUUGAUACAUGUUUCCCAAAAUUUCAAAAUAAUUACAAAAAAUUUGAAAACCUUUAUAAAUCGCAAAUAUGGCCCAAAAAUAUAUGGUAGCUGUGUAAUGUGUAUUAUACUAUCGUAUUUGGUAGCAAAAGUACCUUUGCUACAUAGUAUGAGACACAUUUUUACGAAGGCGAGUGGUUUUUAGUUUUUACUCUUAAACCAAAGACGUCAUGGAGAUUGCAGAGAAUCUUCUCAGGUUGAGUUCUUCGGUGUAAGCCAAGCUAUACUCACUUGCAACAUUCUGAUAGCUAAUACUUGCUUGGCCAAUACAAAUCUCUGUUUUGGAAGAUGAAGAGCCUUUGCGGGGCUUCCAAAGAUGAUAAAUUCGUAGAAUUUUGGAAGAGAGAGAUUGGCUUAUCGGUCUCCAGAACUUUCUCUCGCCGAAUCGCGGCUUCAGAGGGUGUGGUGAAGCAACUUGAUUUGUACGGAAAAUUAAAAGGUCAUCAUGGAUGUGUUAACACAAUCAGUUUCAACUCAUCCGGUGACACUCUGGUGUCUGGCUCGGAUGACAAACAAGUAAUUUUGUGGGACUGGGCAACAAAGACAUCAAAAUUAUCAUAUCCAUCAGGCCACUUUGAUAAUAUCUUCCAGGCCAAGUUCAUGCCUUUCACCGAUGAUCGUAAAAUUAUCACUUCAUCUGCUGAUGGCCAGGUUAGGCUUGGCCAAGUGUUGGAGAAUGGUAAUGUAGACACAAAGAGGCUGGCAAAGCACGGAGGUCGAGUACACAGUCUUGCUGUGGAACCGGGAAGCCCAUACAUAUUUUACAGUUGCGGUGAAGAUGGGUUCAUUCAACAUUAUGACCUUCGAAGCAAUUCUGUCAAAAAGCUAUUUCGUUGCUCACCGUUAGUAGGAAACAACAAACAGUCCUCAAAUGAUAGCAUACGGUUGAAUGCUAUUGUUAUUGACCCGCGGAAUCCCAAUUAUUUCGCUCUGGGAGGCUCAGAUGAAUUUGCACGUGUAUACGACAUCAGAAAAUGUCAGUCGCAGGCAAAGACCACCAAUCCUUUAAAUACAUUUUGCCCUCGUCAUCUCAUUGAGACAAAUGAUUUUCAUGUAACGGCAUUGGCAUACUCUACCACAAGUGAAUUGCUCGUCUCCUACAACGACGAACUGAUAUAUCUGUUCCAGAAGAACAUGGGGUUGGGUCCUGAUCCUCCUUUAUCUGUGUCACGUGAAGAUAAAAAUAGCAUUGAAGAGCCUAUGGUUUAUUCAGGGCAUAGGAAUUUGCAGACAAUCAAAGGAGUGAAUUUCUUUGGCCCAAAUGAUGAAUACGUUAUUAGUGGGUCCGACUGUGGUCACAUAUUUAUGUGGAAGAAGAAGGGGGGAGAGCUUGUCCGUCUGAUGAAAGGUGAUGAGGGCAUAGUAAAUCAGCUCGAGUCUCAUCCUCAUAUUUCUCUUCUUGCCACCUCUGGGUUAGAAAAGAGUAUUAAGCUCUGGGCUCCCUCAUCAAAGGACAUAACUCCAUUGCCAUGUAAUUUUCAAGAGAUAAUGGAUGCCAAUAAGCAAGGCAGAGAGGGCCCUUCGCUGGUCACACUUACCCCUGACAUGAUAAUGCAUAUUUUGCAUUUGAGUAGGAUGCAAGCAAUGUCUUUUGUCGAGGAACACUACAACAGAGGGGAGGCUGCUGAGAGCGACGAAGAAGGUGGAGGUGGGGAUGAUGCUAUUGAUUUUGGAUAUUCUGAAGAUGAUGAUUCUGAGGAAGGAGGGAAUUCCAUAGAGUGCGACGUUGGCUAGAUCAAUAGGUUUAAUACUUUAAUUAUAUAGUUUAUGUAAGCAUUAUAUAUGAAAGCAACAAAUAGUUGCAUGGUUUUCCUGUAUAUUUUCUUACCUUCCUGAAAUGAAUGUCUAUUAUUAUUAUCAUCGUUAUCUUCCGCAUCAUAGUCAUCUAAUUCAUAUUUGUCAUCAUUGUCAUUGCCAUCUUCAUGGCUUCAUCAUCUAAUUUUUUCUUUUCG